CACAAAUCACACUCUCUCCCCUCUUCCAUUUACCAUCUCUUCUAUUCUAUAGAUUCUUGAUUAUUUGAAGCCAUGGAUAGGAAGAUUGUAUUUUUAGUGUCAUUUUUGUGCAUUGUAGUGGCCGGUGUCACAGGUCAGACACCUGCGGCUGCACCAGCCAAAGCACCAGUUGGUGCUAAGGCUACUACACCACCAGCUGCUGCUCCCACAAAGCCUAAAACUUCUGCCCCUGUCUCAGCUCCACCCACAGCUGUUUCUACUCCUCCAGCAGCUGCACCAGCCACUGCUCCUACUACCCCUGUUGUUACUGCACCAGUAUCAGCACCACCAGCUAAAACACCAGCUAGUUCUCCACCAGCUGCAGUGCCUGUGAGUUCACCACCACCAGCGGUUACACCAGUGCAAUCUCCACCGGCACCUGCUCCAGUGACAGCGACACCACCAGCUGCUUCUGCUCCACCUGCUCCAGUUCCAGUUUCAGCACCUGCUGCUUCAGAGACAGUACCAGCUCCUGCUCCUAGCAAGAGCAAGGGCAAGGGAAAGAAGAAGGGGAAGAAACAUGCAUCUUCACCAGCACCUUCUCCUGAUAUGAUGAGCCCACCUGCACCUCCUACUGAAGCUCCUGGACCUAGCAUGGAUUCCGACUCUCCCAGUCCAUCUCUCAACGAUGAGAGUGGAGCAGAGAAAUUGAAGAUGCUCGGAAGCUUGGUAGCUGGAUGGGCUGUGAUGAGCUGGCUCUUGUUCUAAAGAGGCUACCUUUUUUCUUUUUUUCUGAAACAUAUUUGUCCAGUAUUUUAUCACUUCGAUGUUGACAUAUAAUUUAUCUUUUGGUUAUUUCUGGUGCUUUAUGGUCACGGGGUCCUCAUUUGGAUCCGUUUAGAGAUUUGGCCACAUUGGCUCCUUUUUUAUAUUCUUUCGUGGAGUGUAAGGGUAGAGAUUGUACUAGUCUUGACUCCUUUCACUCCUUUUGGACGCUCUUCUUUACCUCCCACUUUCUAUUAUAUAAAUUCCAUUUGUUUAUUUGCCAA